AUGAGCAACCUCCCAGAAAACACCGUCUAUUCAGGCCCAACCCCUCAAACCCAAAGGGUCACACUUUCACAACUCCGACAGAAACAUAAAAACUCACAACCCAUUACUAUGGUCACUGCUUAUGAUUACCCUUCUGCUGUUCACCUCGAUAUGGCCGCCAUUGAUAUCUGUCUUGUGGGUGAUUCUGCUUCCAUGGUUGUUCAUGGUCAUGAUACUACUUUGCCUAUUACUUUGGAUGAAAUGCUUGUUCAUUGUCGUGCCGUUGCUCGUGGGGCUAAGACUCCUCUUCUUGUUGGGGAUUUGCCUUUUGGAACGUAUGAGUGUAGUUCUAAACAGGCAGUUGAUACGGCAGUUCGGAUUUUGAAAGAAGGACGAAUGGAUGCCAUAAAAUUGGAAGGAGGUUCACCUUCAAGAAUUGUUGCAGCAAAAGCUAUUGUCGAAGCUGGAAUAGCUGUGAUUGGGCAUGUUGGUCUUACACCACAGGCCAUUAGUGUUUUAGGUGGAUUUAGGCCUCAGGGAAGAAAUGUUGCUAGUGCUGUCAAGGUCGAUAUUUCUAUUCUCUCACGCAUGAUGCAACUAUUUUUGUAUUUGAAAACAAAAUUUGCUCCGGGAGUGUCUCAUAUUGAACCGGGAGGUCUUUCUUUCCGCGAUGUUCUUAACAUCCUACACAAUCUUCAAGGUGAUGUUGUUGCUGGAGACGUCGUUGAACUCGACCCACAACGCGAUACUGUUGAUGGAAUGACUGCUAUGGUAGCUGCUAAGUUGGUCAGAGAAAUGGCUGCAAAGAUUGCAAAAUGA